GCUACGGUUUGCUCUAAACCACCUGUUUUGCUUUAAUCCCGAACCGGCGGCUCAGAUGCGGAGAUAAUCAGAGAAAGACGGCUGAUAUCCUGCUCUGUCAAACAGCUGCGGGUUCCUUUCUCAUUAUCUACAAACUUGCGCGUUUUUCCUGCCUGUGAUCAGGGACGCGUUUGAAUCUCUGGGAUUUGCGCGUGAAUUUAUUCGACUUUAAUCAAUGGGUUACGCAAACCGCAUAGCAGGGUUCUAGCUAUAUGAACGAAGUGCUGUGUGUGAUUCGGUUUGAGUACAGUACAUAAAUGGGACUUAGUGGAGACUGAUGCUGAACAUCAUGCACUGCGUAAUGAUGAGGUGAAAGGGAGCAAAGCAAAUCCGACAUGAAUGAGGAGAACCGGAAAAGUAAUGGGUACUCCAAAGAGUCAGAGGAAGGUGGCGGAGAAGGGGAGGAGGAGGAAGAGGGUGGAGGAGAGGGGGUUGAGAGAGAAGAGGAUGAGGAGGAUGACUGGGAAGACAGUGAGAAGCCGAGGAUAAAUCGCACAGACACACUCAACUCCAACACCAGCUCAACAGGGACACAAAGGAAGAAGAGCCAGCAUGGCAAGAAGCAGGUGCAAGGCUCCAACCAGGUUCAGCGAGCGCCAAGAGCUCUUUUUUGUCUUAAGCUGAACAACCCCAUCCGUAGGGCUGCACUGUCAAUAGUCGAGUGGAAACCUUUUGAUAUUUUUAUUCUCCUAGCCAUUUUUGCUAACUGUGUGGCUCUGGGAGUAUCCAAGCCUUUUCCGGAGGAUGAUUCCAAUGCUACUAACCAUGAUCUGGAACAAGUGGAAUACAUCUUUCUGGUCAUCUUCACUGUAGAAACCUUUCUAAAGAUUCUGGCCUAUGGUCUGGUCAUGCACCCCAGCUCCUACAUCCGCAAUGGCUGGAACCUGUUAGACUUUGUCAUCGUCAUUGUGGGAUUGUUCAGUGUAGUGUUGGAGACAGCAACCAAUAAAUCUGGGGAAACACAUCACAUACCAGGGAAGCCAGGAGGCCUGGAUGUGAAAGCACUCAGAGCUUUCAGAGUCUUACGACCUCUCAGACUUGUUUCAGGAGUGCCAAGUUUGCAGAUUGUGCUGAACUCCAUCAUGAAAGCUAUGGUUCCUUUACUUCACAUCUCUCUUCUUGUCCUGUUUGUCAUAAUCAUCUAUGCAAUAAUUGGCCUGGAGCUCUUCAUCGGCCGCAUGCACAAGACAUGCUACUUUAUCGGCACAGAUGACUUUGCAGAUGAUGACCCGGUUCCAUGUGCAUUCACCGGUCAUGGUCGGCAAUGUAUCGUAAAUGGUUCAGAGUGUAGAGGAAAGUGGGAUGGGCCGAACGGCGGCAUCACUAAUUUUGAUAAUUUCUUCUUUGCCAUGCUGACUGUUUUCCAGUGCAUUACGAUGGAGGGCUGGACCGAUGUUCUUUACUGGAUGAAUGAUGCUAUAGGUUUUGAGCUGCCCUGGGUCUACUUUGUAAGCCUGGUCAUCUUUGGAUCCUUUUUUGUCCUCAACCUUGUAUUGGGUGUGUUGAGCGGUGAAUUCUCUAAGGAACGAGAGAAGGCUAAAGCACGUGGGGAUUUUCAGAAGCUACGGGAGAAGCAGCAGCUGGAGGAGGACCUGUGUGGCUAUAUGGACUGGAUCAUGCAGGCUGAGGACAUUGACGAAUUUAAUGAGGACGGAAACAGACGUGUGACCCUGCGUGACCUGGCUGACAAAAAGCGAGGAAAGUUCAGCUGGUUCACCCACUCCAACGAGACCCACGCAAGUCUUCCAGCAAGUGAAACAGCCUCAGAGAACACAGAAAAUAUAGAUGAAGAACACACUGACUGUUGUGCUGCUUGCUGUGCUUGGAUAAUGAAAAACCCCUGCUGUCGCACAUUGCGCCGGUGGAACCGUGGCAUUCGGAGAAACUGUCGAAAAGCUGUGAAAUCGGUGACAUUCUAUUGGCUGGUGUUGAUUCUGGUGUUUCUCAACACGGCCCUGAGCGCAUCAGAGCACUAUAACCAACCAGACUGGCUCACUGAAGUGCAGGAAAUUGCCAACAAGGUGCUUCUGUCCCUUUUCACAUUUGAGAUGUUGCUGAAGAUGUACAGUCUGGGGCUGCAGGCUUACUUUGUAGCUUUCUUCAAUCGUUUUGACUGUUUUGUGGUGUGUGGAGGAAUCCUGGAGACUGUGCUGGUGGAGAUGGAGAUCAUGCCACCUCUUGGCAUUUCUGUACUGCGCUGCGUUCGGUUGCUUAGGAUCUUCAAAGUCACGCGCCAUUGGACAGCUCUUUCCAAUCUGGUAGCAUCUCUACUAAACUCUAUGAAGUCCAUUGCAUCUUUGCUGCUGUUGCUUUUCCUCUUCCUCAUAAUCUUCGCUCUGCUGGGGAUGCAGCUGUUUGGUGGCAAGUUCAACUUUGAUGAAACACAGACAAAAAGAAGCACCUUCGAUGCUUUUCCCCAGGCCCUUCUUACCUGCUUUCAGAUCCUAACGGGUGAGGACUGGAACAUGGUGAUGUACGAUGGAAUUAUGGCAUACGGAGGCCCUGUGUUUCCUGGUAUGAUUGUGUGUCUGUAUUUUGUCAUUCUCUUCAUCUGUGGUAACUACAUCCUACUGAAUGUUUUCUUGGCCAUUGCUGUGGACAACUUAGCAGGGGCAGAUGGAGAUGACAAAAAAAAGGAAGAAAAGAAACAGGGAGAGGGAGGCGAGAUAGAGGAGGAGAAUACAGACGCUAAGAUUGACUUGGAUGAGUAUGAGGAAGAGGAGGAGCAAGAUGAAGGAGAUGGUGAAGAAGGAGGGACUCAGCUGAAUGUGGCUGAUUUUGCUCCUCCAAAAGAAAAAGUUGUGCCAAUUCCAGAAGGCAGUGCUUUCUUCUGCCUCAGCAAGACCAAUCCAAUAAGAGUAGGCUGUCAUACUGUGAUCAAUCAUCACAUCUUUACUAACCUGAUCCUGGUAUUCAUCAUCCUCAGUAGUAUCUCUCUGGCCGCCGAAGACCCCAUCAGAGCACACUCCUUCAGAAAUAAUGUCCUGGGCUAUGCUGAUUAUGCUUUCACCUCCAUAUUCACAGUAGAAAUUCUUCUCAAGAUGACGGUCUAUGGGGCGUUUUUGCAUAAGGGCUCUUUCUGUAGGAACUGGUUUAAUCUGUUGGAUCUUCUGGUUGUCAGUGUGUCUUUGGUUUCCUUCUUCCUACAUUCAAGUGCUAUCUCCGUAGUGAAGAUCCUGAGAGUGCUGCGAGUACUCAGACCUCUCCGAGCCAUCAACAGAGCCAAAGGUCUAAAGCAUGUGGUCCAGUGUGUGUUCGUGGCUAUACGGACCAUUGGGAAUAUUAUGAUUGUUACUGCUCUGCUUCAGUUCAUGUUUGCAUGCAUCGGUGUUCAACUCUUUAAGGGUAAAUUUUAUCGCUGCACAGACGAGGCAAAGCACACACCCGAGCAGUGCAAAGGCACGUUCGUGAUCUAUAAAGAUGGUGAUGUGAAUCACCCCUUCGUGCGGCAGCGUAUUUGGCACAACAGUGAGUUUAACUUUGACAACGUGCUGAUGGGAAUGAUGGCCCUGUUCACUGUGUCCACCUUCGAAGGCUGGCCUGCGCUCCUCUACAAGGCUAUCGAUGCCAACUCAGAGAACCACGGCCCCAUCUACAACUCUCAUGUGGAAAUCUCAGUCUUCUUUAUUGUUUACAUCAUCAUCAUUGCCUUCUUCAUGAUGAACAUCUUCGUAGGUUUCGUGAUCAUCACUUUCCGGGAACAGGGAGAGGCAGAGUUUAAGAACUGUGAGCUGGACAAGAACCAGAGACAAUGUGUGGAAUAUGCUCUGAAAGCACAGCCACUGAAGCUGUACAUCCCAAAGAACCCAGUGCAGCAUAAAUUUUGGUUAAUGAUCAACUCCACAGGAUUUGAGUACAUCAUGUUUGUGUUGAUUCUCCUCAACACAGUCACUUUGGCUGUUCAGCAUUAUGAGCAGUCUAAACUCUUCAGCUAUGUCAUGGACAUCCUCAACAUGGUCUUUACAGGCCUCUUUACUGUGGAGAUGAUUGUCAAGUUGUUAGCCCUCAGACUCAAGCAUUAUUUUACUGAUGCUUGGAACUCCUUUGAUGCUCUGAUUGUGGUCGGGAGUGUGGUGGACAUCGUGGUGACAGAGUUUAGUAGUUCAGAGGACAGUUCCCGGGUGUCAAUCACCUUCUUCCGUCUGUUCCGUGUAAUGCGAUUGGUUAAGCUGCUUAGCAAAGGGGAGGGCAUUCGCACACUUCUCUGGACUUUUGUGAAAUCUCUCCAGGCCUUGCCUUAUGUAGCUCUACUUAUUGCCAUGAUCUUCUUUAUCUACGCUGUGAUUGGUAUGCAGACAUUUGGGAAGAUUGCCUUGCAGGCCUACACGCCAAUCAACCGUAAUAAUAACUUCCAGACGUUUCCCCAGGCAGUGUUGUUGCUAUUCAGGUGUGCUACAGGUGAAGCGUGGCAGGAGAUCAUGUUGGCCUGUCUUCCAGGAAAGCGCUGUGAUGCAGAGUCAGAUUUUGAGCCUGGAGAGGAAUUCACAUGUGGCAGCAAUUUUGCAAUUGUUUACUUCAUUAGCUUCUUCAUGCUCUGCGCUUUCUUGAUUAUUAAUUUGUUUGUUGCUGUCAUCAUGGACAAUUUUGACUACUUGACACGUGAUUGGUCAAUUCUGGGGCCACAUCAUCUUGACGAGUUCAAAAGGAUUUGGUCAGAGUAUGAUCCAGAAGCCAAGGGUCGCAUAAAACACUUGGAUGUGGUGGCACUGCUUAGGAGGAUCCAACCUCCCCUGGGAUUUGGAAAACUUUGUCCCCACCGUGUGGCUUGCAAGAGACUGGUUGCUAUGAACAUGCCCCUGAACUCGGAUGGCACAGUGACCUUCAAUGCAACUUUGUUUGCCCUAGUCAGAACUGCCCUGAAGAUUAAAACUGAAGGUCACCCAGACCAGGAGAAUGUGGAGCUGAGGAUCAUUAUAAAGAAGAUCUGGAAACGCACAAAACCCAAAAUCCUUGAUGAGGUUAUUCCUCCUCCUGCUGAGGAAGAGGUGACUGUGGGGAAGUUUUAUGCCACAUUCCUAAUUCAGGACUACUUCAGAAAGUUCAGAAAGAGAAAGGAGAAAGUGGGUCUGGGAGACCCAGACCCCCAAAAGCCAUCAGCUCUACAGACAAAUACACAACAAAACAAAUAUACAUUCACUCUGGGCAAUUUAUCAAUCACAGCUUCUGCGGGUCUGCGCACCCUGCAGGAUCUUGGGCCAGAGAUUCGCCUGGCCAUGAAUGGUGACCUUGCGGAUGAAGAGGAGGACCUGGAGGAAGAACAAGAAGAGAAUGCGAAUGAAAAUGGCUAUGUUGUCAACGCUGAGUCCUCAGACCGCCGCUCCUCUGUGGUCUCCACACCGACGGCUUCAUCUGCUGCUGUGUCUGGAGAAGGCUUUUCCAAUGGAGGCCUAAGUCACAGGAAUUCACUAACCAGGACACUGAAUGACAGUGGCAUCCUAGAGCAGGAUAAAUUUAGAAGAGGAGAAAGGAGACGCUCCUCCCUCUACCUCCAGCACAAGAAUGGUGUGAUUGACCAGCCAUCAAAGAGAGUUUCAUAUUACAAGCAUCCACGGAGAGGGUCAGUGGAUCAUUUCUCUGGAGAGGAGGGGUACCCUAUGGAGCAGCUUUUCUACAGGAGGGAAGAAGCCGAGGAGGUCAUAGCACCCAGAGACAGACUUGGUUACCCAGAUGAAGUCCCCAUUCAUUCUAGCCAUCGAGCUCAUGGCUAUGAUGGACAGCCUACCUACAGUAAUCAGUAUGGCAGCAGUUAUGGUGAGGCCAGAAGGUCAGCCAGAAGACGACUCUUGCCUGCAACCCCCACUGUCCGGAAGUCAUCAUUCACCAUCCAGUGUCUGAGAAGACAGGGAAGCAGUGAUGAUCUUCCCAUUCCAGGCACCUACCACCAGAAUUUCCCACCAUGUAGAGCACGCUCACAGGCAUAUGGCAGUUAUGACUCACGCCGCAGCAGCAGCCGUUCUUCCACAGGCUCCACAGCCUCCUGGGCAAACUCCAGCCCCCGCCGCAGUCGUCUUCUUUAUGCCCCCCUCAUACUAGUGGAGGACGAGAGGUCAGCUGGCACAAGCAGCAUGGGCCUCUGGGAAAAGAAGGCAGAGGAUGAUGCAAGUGUGCCUGUGGCAGGGCGAGCGGGUCAGCCUUACAGGGCCUACACCACCCUGAGGGUGCCCACACAACUCAGCCCGCACUACAGCGAGAAGAGAGGCAGUGCUGACAGCCUGGUGGAGGCGGUAUUAAUCUCUGAGGGCCUUGGCCUGUACGCAAAGGACCCCAAGUUUGUAGCCUUUGCCAAGCGGGAGAUUGCAGAUGCCUGUCAUAUGACCAUAGACGAAAUGGAGAGUGCAGCCAGUGACCUGCUAAUUCGAGGCAGCACAGAGAGUUCUGGGAGCGGCCUUCUCAAUCAUACAGACUUAACAGGUCUCUACAGUGAUGAGGAACUUGUCAGGAGCCAUGAUGAGGAUGAGCUUGCUGAUGAGAUGACAUGCGUUACCUCCUUCUGACUGUCACAUCCAUGAAGCCAGUCAGAAACAUAAUAGAUGGAGACUCAAGGAAGCAUGCAGGCCAGUGCGAUAGCCGAGGACUCUGUCAGACAGGCAGAGGUUUAAAGCUACAGGUUAUACAAUCAUGGUAUAGGUCCAUUUGUUUACUCAAAAUGAAAGAUCAUGGUGUCUUUGAAGGUAUACGAAUGAAUCCCAGAGUGACUUCUUUUUUAUUGGAUUUCAUGUUGAAAAACACAAAAUUGCCAGCAUACUAUAUACAGUACACAAACGAGCAGUACUGUAUGUUGGAGCUCCAUGGGCUAGUGUAGCUAUUCUAUAAGAUGCUUCAGGCUUGCAAAUGCAUGGGAACACUCUUGCUCUAGCCUUUCCACUGCAUCAUCGAGAGUCUGGGUUGGAUCCUAAGGACUGUGCAGCUCACUGAAGCAGUGAAACUCAGUCUUAUUCAUGGAACCAUGUGAAAAUAAGUGCCUUGAAACAGGGUUCCUUAUCAUCCCAGAAGUGUCAAAAGUAAAGUGUGUAUAAACUGUAGUUAUGAAGGUAAUGCCGUUGUUCCUCAGUGGAUAUCAAGCUCACUGAUAUGCUGUAAAAUCCAGUAUAAACUGAGAAAAGAAAUGCUGGUUUGCCUGACAUCACAUGUGACAUAUUACUUACAGAAAUUUAUAUGUUUAAAAUUGAAAGAUUUGUACAUAAUAAAGUGGCAAUUUAAAUGUAUAUGCUGUUAAAUAUGUUUUUACGUUCUGUUUCAUAUCUGAACAAAUACAUAAAACGUUCUGCUGCUUAUCAAAUAUAUAUCAAUACUUUAUGUAUGAGUGUAAUUCCAAAUCAUAACAUUGAGCUUUUCAUUUUUAGCACUGCACGUCAUUUUCCAUAGUACAUACAGUGGAGAUCAGAAUUAGAAAACAUUUUAUGAAUUUCUUCAGCAAUAAUGUAAUCUUCAUUACUCAACAUUUGAAGGAUUUUUUUUGUUGUGGAUAUACCAUGCUAAUAGAACAGUGUUUUACAAAAUAACCACGGCACUUCAACAAAAAAACUUUAUUUUGUAGAAAACACAAUGAUCAAAAUUAGAGAACAGCAGUGACUGCAGCACUGAGAAAGACUAUCCACAAAAUUUCUGAAGGUUAACAAUUAACAGUCAACAAUUAGUAGAAAGUGUACAGCCCUUUGCUUUGAAUGACUUCAGCACAUCUGCGGCUAUAGGCCAUCACUAGUCUCUUCCACAGUUCAGUGACUGUAGUGGGUUUCUUGGCCAAAAAUCU